AUGGCAGACAGAGCACAGCUCAUUUCUGAGCUGAAGAGGUGGUGCAGAGGAGAAGGGCUGGAUGAGGCUCAUGGACUGAUGGUGAUAGUCCCACCUGAUGUUGAAAUAGCCCAUAUUGAAGAAGUUGUUCAAACCAUUAAGUGCUUGGGACGUGUGCGUGUCAGAGGCAGGAUGUUUGAUACUACUUUGAGCAGCCUGAUGGUUCUCUGUGAAACUAAGGAGAACCUCACCACUGUAAGCAUUCCCCCUGAAGUGAUGUAUCCUGAGAGUGGAGAAACUUGGCCCCUGGUCACCAUAGCUAGCAACCCAGCCCCUGAAGAGUUUGGUACCAAACUGAAAGUGCUGUUAGAGACUGAGGGAAAGACUAUGGAUGAUCUUAAGGCCCUGCUCUCUAGCCCUCAACCACCCACUAACUCUACUGAAUCCAUCUUAAAGGCGGUGGGAGAUCUGUUGGAGAAAACCAGUAAACCUCCUGCUGAAGGUGGGUACCGUCGUCUACGCAUUUUCUCAGGACUUCUGCCAGUUCCACCUGGGGAGGAGCAGUUUGAUCACUGGCUUGAGCAGGCAUGGCUCAUGGUGGAGGAGAGCGAAUGCAUGGAGAGAGAAAAAAGGCGCAGGCUGAUGGAAUGUUUAAGAGGACCAGCACUAGAAGUAGUUAAGGCUGUAAGAGACUCUCAUCCUGAUUCAAGUCCAGCUGAAUAUCUGGAGGCCUUGGAGAGUGCCUUUGGAACUGCUGAGUCUGGAGAUGAUCUGUAUUUUGCUUUUCGACAGAUGUACCAGCAACCAGGGGAGAAGUUGUCUGAUUUCCUUAGAUGCCUGGAGCGGUGUCUGUCUAAAGUUGUUCAGAGAAAAGGCAUUUUGCCCAGCAACAAGGACAAAGCCCGUUUGUCUCAACUACUGAAAGGCGCUGUCGCCUCUAAACUUGAUGCUAAUUCAGUUAAGAUUAAGGGAGAGGAAGGAUAA